CCCUUCCUAUUUCCCCUCCCUUUCCUCCAACAGUCUCAGUCGGUUCGCCCGCAGCACUUGCGUUCUCUCGGCCGGGUUUCACUCCAGAGAUGGCUGCGAAAGUGUGUAGAUCGGUCCUCCUCCUGUCCCGGAGCAGCGGCGCCGUAGCCUCUUCUGCUUUCCCCGCAUUCGGUGUCUCCUCACAGCGACAUCAUCAGAGCACAAGAACGGAGGCGCUGUCCAUUUCCCUUGCAAGUCACCAGACUAUCAGGAGAGCACACGGUCUGAGAACAGGUGCCAGGUCUGCUCUCUUCUGCCACCCCAGUGCCACUCUGACAGCCCAGGGCUGGAAGGGCUCCCCCUCAUGGCAGGGUCAAAGACUACUGUGUUCACCUGCUGCUACAGAAGACGUUACAGUGGUGUAUCAGAACGGCUUGCCGGUGAUCUCCGUACGUCUGCCGUCCCGACGAGAACUCUGUCAGUUCACCCUCAAACCCUUGAGCGACACAGUGGGUGUUUUCCUUCAGCAGCUGCAGGCAGAGGACAGGGGCAUCGAUAGAGUCGCCAUCUACUCUGAAGAUGGAGCAAGGAUAGCGUCCUCUACAGGCAUUGACAUUUUACUAAUGGACAGCUUUAAGCUAGUCAUUAAUGACACAACACACCUGGUGCAGCCGCCCAGGAGAGAUAUGCUACCGCACGAGGAAGUAGAACGACUGAACGAUGUCAAGCUCUUGGUGCAGCAGCUCUACAGCACCCUGCGCAUAGAGGAGCAUCAGCUCACCAAAGAGAGAGAGCUGGUUGGGCGACUGGAGGACCUCAACUCGCAGCUCCAGCCCUUGGAGAAGGUUAAAGAAGAACUGAGUAGGAAAGCAGAGCGCAGGACUACUUGGGUGCUGUGGGGUGGGAUGGCUUACAUGGCCACACAAUUUGGCAUCCUGGCACGGCUGACCUGGUGGGAGUACUCAUGGGAUAUCAUGGAGCCCGUCACGUAUUUUAUCACCUACGGCACAGCCAUGGCUAUGUAUGCUUACUUCGUGCUGACACGUCAGGAAUAUAUUUACCCAGACGCCAGGGACAGACAGUACCUGCUGUUCUUUCAUAAGGGAGCGAAGAGAACACGCUUUGACAUUGAGAAGUACAACAAACUGAAGGAUGCGAUUGCUGAGGCGGAGUUGGAUCUAAAGCGUCUACGAGACCCGCUGCAGUUGCACCUCCCUGUCCAGCAAAUCAAUGCCAGCAAGGACUGAUGAGAACGUGAAGCCCUUUCUGCCUCUCUCUCUUAUUUCAUUCUCUUCUGCCUCUUUGCGUUUAGUUUUCUGUCUGUCUCUUUGUGUUUUGUUUUAUCUCUACAACCUCAAUGAAAAACCAUAUCCACAGCAAGCUUCAGAGUUUUAUUAUUAUCCUUUAUAUUGUUUUCUUUAAUUUGGCAAGUCUAUGCAGAGGAGAAGAGAUACAAUUAAAUGAAACGACAAACUACAUCCCUGAACGGAUGACAGAUGCUUGCGGAUCAAGCGCUCUCAUUACGCUACAGGAGUACACAGAGAAAUGCAGCUACUUCAUACAGGAAGUUGGGACAUUGGGAUUCAAACAGUACAUCACUAUGAGACAAUGACCCCAGGUCUUGCAUGGGACACAGACACUGAGGUCUAAAACCAUCUGCCCUUGGGUUGAACCGUGUUUUUCCACAUUGGAGUACUGCUGAUAUACCUAACUCUGACACUUUGCAGAAGAGAUUUUGGGAUGUGGUGCUCUUUUCCAUCUCGGAAAAGGUCUGUUUACCAUCGAACCAGUCCUGUUGUGGAUGAAACGCUGCACUGACACCUGUACCCAACAGCCUAAGCUAAACCUUCUUGAUUCCUUUCCCGCUUCCUGUACGGACCUGUUAAGAGCUGGAGACAGAUCUAACAGCUAAAAUAUCACUGUGUGUUCUAUUAUUCCAAAAAGAAAAAGAAUCAAAGAAAUGUUGGCACUUUUUUUUUUUAAAAGCCAUAUUAUGUUUAUUAUAAUGAUAAAAAAAAGAAAUGAGUAGAAACUUUUUUUUUUACUCAAUAUUAGAUGAUUUUUUAUUUUAACCAUGCCACCAGACAGUACACAUCUGCAGAUGCUCUGAUAUUUUAUUUUCCCAGAUUCCCAUCACCAAACAACGCUCAAAUAGUCCAUCCCUAACGCUCUGAGCCUCUGAUACCGAGUUUCUUUCUUUAGAAAUAUGAUGUACCCACUCCAUCGGUUUACAUUGUGAUGGGAAACGCACAUACACAUGCUCGCUUGGCAGAUGGAUUCUCUUCAAAGGUCGCCUCUUUUCUCAUAAAUCUUUCGAACAUCAUCAAAUGGCAUUUUCCCACAGUGCCUCACAGCAUCUGCUGCAGCGUGCUUGUUAAUAAACACCUGUUUAUCAGACGCAAUCCAAGAAAAUGACCCAUCGAACGGUCUUAAGGCAGGUCACUGUGUAAAAUGUGAUUUCUUUUUCUUGAAAAAAGGUUCUGGACGCUAUCAAUUUCCCAUCAGUCAUGUGGCGUUUUUAGCUGCAUAAAUCUGCCUCGAUAUGCCAAGUCUUCUCGAACCUGCAGAGAAUGUGUAAUAUUUUAGAUCUAGAAUUAGCGUGUGUUUUGCACACUUCGUGGCAUGCUAUAGAGAGAGAUCGUCGCAUCCUUUGUCUAUAUGUCCUAUCUUUAGCCGACAGGCCUUAGCAAUGAUUCUGGCUGGUUUGAGCUGAUCAUCGACGACAUUUUCAUUGGUUUUGCCAUGCAUCUUCAGUCUAGUUAGUUUGAUUUUUUUUUUUUUACAUGAGAUUAUAUAUUAAUACAAAUAUGAAAACGAAAUUCUCAUAAUCAUUUCCCUUUGUUUCGACAGAGAUUGUCACCCAGACUGUUUGAAUCUGAGGGAUGUGAAAUCAACUUGACCCUUGUUGUUCUCAAACAAAAUUUUUUUUUUGUUUUGUUUUUUUGUUUUGUUUUUUCACAAUCUUGUUGUCUCGUAUAGGUAUUCCCUACACACUCAAUAGCUCUGUGAUUCUAUAGCAGAAGUCUGUCCAUUAUGUCACACUAUCCAUAUUUGUGCCUAUGGUCGUCAUUAAGCAUUUUUUAAAGCCAUAUUUGUGUUGUGUUCGUAUCUCUAGAGGCGGGUAAUGUGCAAAAUAGUUUCAAAUCCCCUUAGCAGCAGCAUGUGUCCAUUCUUACUAGGUGAAACUCCAGCCUACAGCUCUGAAAGAAAGAACAUUAAAGAGAUAGUUCAUCCAAAAAAUUUCUGUGAAACUCUGAAAUACUAUAUCAAGCACUAUAUACAGCGCUGCAGUGAUGACGUAUUUGUGUAGGAUAACCCGGAAGUUGGCAUCACCUCCGUUGUCUCAACAAAAACCCAAUAGGAUUUUUCCAUUGGCUUUUGGAUUAUUGCAGAAAAGACCAACAAAAGUUUAUUCUUUCACGUUUUGUUCAUCAUCAUAAUCUUCACAAAUGAACACAACUUUCAUGAAUUUUGAAGUUUAAAUACAAUUAGUAGAAGUAAAAAAGCUAAACAUAGGCUAUAAACGAAUGACUUCAGUUAGUUUUAGUCAUUUUCCCCAUUCUCCUUCUAAUUUGAGUUAGAAUAGUUAGCAAGAGCGUGAUUAUAAACAACAAAGCUGUAAAAGCGGACUAGUGAGUAGAUGAGUAUUUCUUUUCAACAUGAUGACGUGUAAUGUCCCUGACAGCCUCAACAUUGUUAGCAACUGCAACUUAAGUAAAAGCUUAACAGAUUAGUUCACUCAAAACUCUCCUCAUUUACUUACCCUCAUGUUGUUCCAAACCCGUAAGACUUUCAUUCAUCUUAGGAACAUAAAUUAAGAUUUUUUUUAAUGAAAUCUGAGAGCUUUUUGUCCCUCUGUUGACAGCUAUGCAACUGACACUUUGACGCUUCAAAAAGUUCAUAAAGAGAUCAUAAAACGAAUCCAUAUGAACUAAGCGGUUUAGUCCAAAUUUUGUGUAAUGUAAUUUUUAUGAUGAACAGAUUUAAUUUAUGCUUUUAUUCACAUAUAAACAUUGAUCAGCAAACAUAAACAAAAGCUCAAGUGAACCUGCUUGAGGUGCGAGAACAAACCUCUUCCAUAAGCUCAAACGUGCUAUGCACAAGAAUGAACCUCAUUGGUUCUCGCACGUCAAGCAAACAUGUUUGAGCUUCUGUUUACCACACUGAUGUGUGAGUUGAUCAAUGUUUAUAUGUGAAUAAAGGCCUAAAUUAAAUCUGUCCAUCAUAUAAACUGUUCGUGUCUCUUCAGAAAAUUUGGACUAAACCUCCCGAUUCAUAUGGAUUAGUUUUCGAAGAAGAACUAAAGUCUUGUGGGUUUGGAACGACAGAAUUUUCAUUUCUGGGUGAACUAAACCUUUAAAAUAUAUCAGUAAUACUAUCAGUAAUAAUAAUAAAGUCAUAAAAUGAAAAAUAUCUUGAGCUUGUUCAACACAGACUUUAUUUUUUAGGCAUUUAACCAAAACCCCGUUCAAAAAACACACUGACUUCAGGACAGUGGAACUGGAAGUGCUAAAAUGUUAACUCGUUUCUGGGUUUUGGCCCACAAAAAUACGUAAUCCCUGCAGCACUCUAUUCCAAGUCGUCUGAAGCCAUACAGUACACACAAUUUUGAAGAGCAGAAUGAAAUCUUUUCCCUUCCCCCAAAGCUGAAAUGUCAGUCAUGUUCUGAUUCAAACACUGAUGUUAUGUUAUGAAAAUUAUUACUCAUUUACUCACUCUCAUGUCAUUGCAAACCCAUUAAUCUUCAAAACAUGAUUGUUGAAUUCUCUUUGUCCAUCCAUUGAUAGUUCAUGCAACCACAACUUUGAUGGAUCAAAUAGUACAAAAAUACAUUGUAAAUCCAUAUAAAUUGAGUGGUUUAAUCCCUCUGAAGAACCGAUUUGAUUUUGGCUUUUAUUAAUAUAUAAACAUUGUUCAGCGCACAUACAUGGGACUUGGAUUAAACCACUUGAUUCAUAUUGAUUACCAUCUUUUUUGUACUUUUUGAUGCAGCAAAGUUUUUGUUGUGUGGAUUUUUAAUGGAUGGACAAAAAUAAUGAGAGAAUGUUAAAAAUAAUGUUUCAAAGAUGAACGAAAGGGUUCGGAACGACAUGAUUGUGAGUAAAUGAUGACAGAAUUUUCAGUUUUGGGUGAACUAACUUUUUCAAUUUAAGUCUGUUCCUCACACAAAGCUAUUGUAUGACUUCAGGAGAUCUGGAAAAGCGUUAGAGUCAUAUGAACUACUUUCUUAAUGUUCUUUUUGGAGCUUAACAGACAUGGUCACUAUGAACUGUGGUUUAAUGGAAAAGAGCUACAUGAACUAUGACAAUUCUUCAGAAUUUCUCUAUUUUGUAUAAAAAAAAAAAUAAAAAAAACAGCCUAUGGCUUUAGAGUGACAUUGUCAAAUAAUGACAGACUUGCAUUUUACUGUUUAAACAGACCUUUUUGGAAGGGAAAGCACAAUCUAGUUAUGAUAAACCAAACUGUGGUUUGUGGAUUCUGCACGUCUGCCUAAAAUUGCAAGUGUUGUGAUGGACAGAGAUUGUUUGUUGUUGGUGAGGAGUUCAGGUCAAUAGGAAUUACCCAUCAUGCUUGACUGAAUUACACUGUAAUUUAACACAGCAUGACCUGAACUGUCGGUGAAUAUUUUAAGGACGACACAGCCUUAUAACUGCAUUAUAUGCAACCCAGCUGGUUUUAAUGGAGCUGCUUCUCUCUUUUAACUGAGUUUGUGUUUGAACAGGGUUUAUCAGAACGCACAUCCUAUAAUAAAAUGAAGUUUAAACUCCGUUUCCGUCAUUCUAGUUGUAGCUAAUGGGUACAGGAUACCAUUGGUCCUGGAACAACAUUGUGACAGGGCUGACCCUAAGCAUUAAUCGCCCUAAAGGAACUGAUUAUAAAUAUAAAUCCUAAACAUUAAAAUCUGACUGGUUGAAUGGGAUGUCCUUCCAGGAACAAUGAGGAUGUUGAAGUCAGAAUCAAGGUCACUGUGGACAUUUCUGAUAAUAUGAUGUUAAAAGAAUGAGAGUUGUGCAUUUAGUGCGAGCAUCUUGUCUCAUGAUGAUGUUCAUGAAUCUUCAUCCAUAGCAGUCCAAAUCAUUGAAUCCAUCAUAAGCAAAAAUACAUCCAUUCUGCCUCACUUAUGUGAUCAACAGUCAUAAAUUCAACCCAAUACACACUCCAAAAAGUUACUCAAAGAUGCCCAGUACACUGACAUCCCUUGACCUCCAUCUAAGAGGUCUUGGACCUGGUCAUUAUCUGAUAAGUUUUUGUUAUUUUAUUUUAUUUGUAGGGUUUCUGUUUGUUUCAGGGUUUUUUAAAAAAUAUAUCAAAUAUAUGAAAUCUACUCUAAAGCGGGUGUUGCAUGAAUGUAUGUUUACAUGGGGAAAUUAUAUAUAAAUGAAUCAAAAAAGCAAAGAUUAUUAUGAAUGCUGAUUGCCGAUUAACAGACUCCUGGUUCAUCAAGACUUUAAUUUUUCCACCUAGUCCCUCGCCCUCCAUGACCCUGCAGCAAGGACGCUCUCGUCUGCUGCACAGGCUCUGACUGGUCAAGGUUCUCUCCUACGUUGUCUUGUUUUAGCCUGUCUUUGCUGUCUCAGUCUCGAUGCUGCUGCUCGAUCGCUGCAGUGCUGCCUUUAUUCUAAACACUGACCUGAGAACAGAGAGUAUGGAAGACCUGAGCGCACUGUAUAGUAUCCUUCUCUAACACCCCUUGCUCCGCCCAUUUGCCCCUCUUUCUUUAGCUCCUCAUUAUACUCUCACACUGAUUAUGUUUUAAAUAUGUGUAUUAUUUUAAAGUUUUCUUCAUGUGCACUUAUAUUGGAAAUUAUAUUUCGGGGAAAAAAGGAAAUGGGUGACGUUGAAUGAAAAACAUUUUUUCAUAUUCUUUUUUUUGUUGGUUUUGUCAUUGGCAUCGGAUGCUGUAAUGUUAGAAGACUUUAAAAAUGACAAUGUAAAAUCCUGUAUCAUUUAUGAAAAGUGUAUAAAAGAGAAAUGUAAUUCAAUUAUCAAUAAAUACUUAUCCAGUUUUGGA